AUGAGAUGGCGUAGGGGGCUGAGAGGGAGGGAAGUGAGUAGUUUUAAACAACUCUUGGAGACUAUUUCUGGUAUUGUUCCUUGUACAGGAGAGAAGGACGGCUGGAGAUGGAAUGCAACAAAAGACGGCAAAUUCACGACCUCUUCGGCCUAUGAGACAAUUGCUAAGGAAAAGAGAGAGGAGGCGUCGUGCUCGGCGGUGGAAGCAGCGAAAGUGUGGAAUGCACCUACAACUCACAAGGCACAGGUGACGGCAUGGCGUAGCUUGAAGAAUCGACUCGCCACAUGUGAUAAUCUUCUCAAAAGGAAGAUCCAAAUUACAGAUGAGGAGAGAUGGUGCAACGCAUGUGUGAUGGCCGAAGAGACGGUGGAACACGUGUUACUUCACUGCCCAAAAACUGAACAAGUGUGGAACUUUAUUCAGCAAUGGAUCAACAUCGAGACAGUGACACCAAAAGGUCUCUCUCAACACUUUCUCUCUUUCUUUCAUGCGAGCAAAGAUAAGAGAUGGCGGAAUUUCUUGAAAGGAUUGUGGAUUGGUGUGGUUUGGAGUCUGUGGAGAUGUAGGAAUGAGAGCAGGUUCCAAGGAAAGGUGUGGGAUGUCCAAAAAGUUGUACAGGAGAUAAAAGGGAGGAUGUGGAGCUGGAAUUCUAUUUUUCACAUUGUGGACAUUAAUAUUCCUUUCUCAUCGUGGUGUUCUCAGGGGAUGGUCCUGGACUCUUUGUAA